UUCGGUGAAUGUGAGAAAGAUCGCAAGUGGUUAGCAAUGCAUCCAAAAAAGAACCGGGAUCAUCUUGCUGCAAUGCAUCUAGCAAAGAUCGCAAGAUAUGUCAAGUCAAUGGUUACAAAUAUCAGGAUUUUGACAUGGCACGACAUGAUCAAGUCUUUUGAAGAGUCGAUAAUCCGGCAGUACCGUCUCGAUCAGUUGCUCGAAGUGGUCGUCUGGGAUUACUCCGAAAAACUGCAGCAACAAAACGGUUAA